AUGUCCAAUUCUUGUUCCCCAAAUAUCUCGUCUCCCACUCCAAUCCAACCUCUCUUGAAAACGCCACAAUUACUCAUUCAUCCAAUCACUUCUCCCCCUCUUGAACUUUCUUCACUCUCGCUCCACCCCUUCUCCAAUUCGCUGCUUGUCAACAUGGAGAUCGAUAGAGCAAUCAGAGAGUGUGACGAUCGAAGACUUCAGACCAAGUACAAUAAUGCCACCUAUUAUAAAUCAGAAGAGAAAAGAGUGUUAUGUGCUGUUGACUUGAUUUUUGUUGUCAGUAUUGAGGAGGUUGCAUUCAGCUUCAAUGGAGGAAAAGAUUCAACGGUUUUGUUGCACAUACUCAGGGCUGGUUAUUUCUUGCAUAAAAAGGGGCAAAAUAAUGUCAAUGGGGAUCUAAAAGAUUUUCCAAUUCGAACAAUAUAUUUUGAGAGCCCUUGUGCAUUCCCAGAAAUAAACUCAUUUACCUAUGAUACUGCUGCUACAUAUGGGUUGCAAAUUGACACCAUUAGCUUAGAUUUCAAAUCUGGUUUGGAGGCUUUGCUAAAGGAAAAACCAAUUCGAGCUAUCUUCCUUGGAGUUCGAAUUGGAGACCCUACCGCGGUUGGUCAAGAACAGUUCUCCCCAAGUUCACCUGGGUGGCCACCUUUCAUGAGGGUGAAUCCCAUUUUAGAUUGGUCAUACAGCAAUUCUUCCAACAAAUUCAAACCUGCAUAUUUACUUGCUGAUGGAAGAUUAGAGAGAGCAGGGAGGGCUAAAAGGAAAUCAUCUUCUACUGGUGGGCAACUUCCUUUGGAUAGCAAUGGUUUGACUAGCCCGGAGUCACAUAAAAAUAGCAUGCUCACAGCAUCAAUCAUUGUUGUAGGAGAUGAGAUUCUGUUUGGCAUUGUUGAGGAUCAGUUGGGCCCUUAUUUGUGUAGGAAGCUGCAUUCCAUUGGUUGGUCUGUGUUUCAGCUUUCUGUUGUGCACAACAAUAUAGAUUCUGUAGCUGAAGAAGUUGAGCGACAAAAAUCUAAAAGUGAUAUGGUAUUUAUAUAUGGAGGUGUAGGUCCACUGCAUUCAGAUGUUACAAUAGCAGGCAUUGCAAAAGCUUUUGGUGUUCGUUUGGCUCCCGAUGAAGAGUUUGAAGAAUAUCUCAGGCAUAUCAUUGGUGACCAGUGUACUGGUGACCGGAAUGAGAUGGCUCAAUUACCCGAGGGCAUAACUGAAUUAUGGCAUCAUGACAAAUUGUCUGUGCCCUUGAUCAAGUGCCAAAAUGUAAUAAUUCUUAGUGCAACAAAUGUGUCGGAGCUUGAAAAACAGUGGGACUGUUGGAUUGAAUUAGCAAAAUCUAGUGACCUUCUAGCAUUGCUGGAACCGUAUGUGUCAAAGCACGUGGCAACCAAUUUGUCAGAUGUUGAAAUUGCUCAACCUCUGUCAAAGCUUUGCCUUGAAUUUCCAGACCUUUAUAUCGGUUGUUACCGCAAAGCCAGAUAUGGAUCUCUUAUAGUAAGCUUCAAAGGAAAGGACCUAGCACGCGUUGAUUCAGCUAUAAAAGCGUUGCACAAGAAGUUUCAACCUGGUGCAUUCAUUGAGAUGAACUAG